AUGGCGACCACUACGACGGCUAACCGCCUCGGCCUCCUAGUCGCCGCCACCGUCGUCCUCGUCGUGGCGACGGCGGCAGCUCCGGCCUUGGGCGCGGCCCCUGCAGCAGCCGCUGCUACACCGCCGUCGCCGUUCCGGAGGGUGUACGCGUUCGGCGACUCGUUCACGGACACGGGGAACACGCACUCGACGACGGGGCCCUACUCGUUCGGCUACGUGUCCAGCCCGCCCUACGGCGCCACCUUCUUCCACCGCUCCACCAACCGCUACUCCGACGGCCGCCUCGUCGUCGACUUCCUCGCCGAGACUCUGGCACUGCCGACCUACCUCCCGCCCUACCUCUCCUCCAACUCCAACUCCAACUCCAACUCCUCCACCACCGCCGUCGGCGUCAACUUCGCGGUGGCCGGCGCCACGGCCAUCGAGCACGACUUCUUCGCGCGGAACAACCUCAGCAUCGACGUCACGCCGCAGUCCAUCAUGACGCAGCUGGACUGGUUCGACGCGCACCUCCUCUCCGCCGGGACCGGCGAGAGGGUCGCCGACGCGCUCUUCUGGGUGGGCGAGAUCGGCGCCAACGACUACGCCUACACCGUCAUCGCCCGCGACACCAUCCCUCCAAAGCUCGUCCGCACCAUGGCCGUCCAGAGGGUCACCGCCUUCGUCGAGGGGCUGCUGCAGAGAGGCGCCAAGUACGUGAUCGUGCAGGGGCUGCCGCUGACGGGGUGCCUGCCGCUGGCCAUGACGCUGGCGCGCGCCGACGACCGCGACUCCGUGGGCUGCGCCGCCUCCGUGAACCGGCAGAGCUACGCGCACAACCGUCGGCUCCUGGCGGGCCUCCGCGGGCUCCGGCGGCGGCACCCGGGCGCCGUCGUCGCCUACGCCGACUACUACGCCGCGCACCACGCCGUGAUGCGGAGCCCCGCCCGGUACGGCUUCGCCGAGCCCUUCCGGACGUGCUGCGGCUCCGGCGGCGGCGCCUACAACUUCGACCUCUUCGCCACCUGCGGCUCGCCGCAGGUCACCACCGCCUGCGCGCGCCCGGCAGAGUACGUCAACUGGGACGGCGUCCACAUGACGGAGGCCAUGUACAAGGUCGUCGCCGGCAUGUUCUUCCGCGACGCCUACUGCCGCCCGGCGUUCAAGGAUCUGCUGGCCAUGAAAGCCCAGGGCAAGCCGUGA